AUUAACCUCGAUUAUAUUUUCCUGGCUUUUCUUCUCACUCACAAUGCCCUCCUGAUCCUUCAUCACUUUCAUGUCUCUCCCCACCAAACGCUCUGCCAACGCCACCACCACCGCCACCAGUAGCAGCUCAACCUCCCAUUUUGUCCCUAUGAAGAAGGCCAAGUCCCAGGCGGUGGCCUGCUCCCUCGACUCCUCCAACAGGAACGGUCUCCACCACCGCGCUUCCGCCGAUGAUGAAGUCGUCUUUGACCCCUCUUCUAUGGCCAUCGACGACGAUCUCAAGCCCGACGAUCGAGUCCCUCCUCCCGCCGCCAAUCUCUCCCGCAAAAAGGCCACCCCUCCUCAGCCCGCCAAGAAGCUUGUUAUUAAGCUCCUUAAAGGAAAACCAACGCUGCCCACCAACUUCGAGGAGGAUACAUGGGCGAAGCUGAAGGCUGCUAUUGAAGCUAUAUUCUUGAAGCAACCAAACUCUUGUGACUUGGAGAAGCUUUAUCAGGCUGUCAACAAUCUUUGCUUGCACAAGAUGGGGGGAAAUCUUUAUCAACGAAUAGAGAAGGAGUGUGAAGCACAUAUAUCUGCUGCUCUGCUGUCUUUGGUUGGUCAAAGUCCUGAUUUGGUGGUCUUCUUAUCUCUUGUUGAGAGAUGUUGGCAGGAUAUAUGCGAACAGAUAUUGAUGAUUCGCGGUAUAGCCUUGUAUCUUGAUAGAACAUUUGUGAAACAAACCCCAAAUGUGCGAUCAUUGUGGGACAUGGGCUUGCAACUUUUCCGGAAACAUCUUUCUUUGUCUCCGGAAGUUGAGCACAAAACUGUAACUGGACUUUUAAGAAUGAUUGAGAGCGAAAGAUUAGGUGAAGCAGUUGAUAGAACACUCUUGAAUCAUCUUUUGAAGAUGUUUACUGCUCUAGGAAUUUACUCAGAAAGCUUUGAGAAGCCUUUCCUUCAGUGCACUUCUGAAUUUUAUGCUGCAGAAGGCAUGAAAUACAUGCAGCAAGCCGAUGUUCCUGACUACUUGAAACAUGUGGAGUUAAGGUUGCAUGAAGAACAUGAAAGAUGCUUACUCUACCUGGACUCAAGUACGAGGAAGCCACUUAUAGCAACUGCUGAAAGGCAGCUUCUUGAACACCAUAUAUCUGCCAUUCUUGAUAAGGGGUUCACGACACUGAUGGAUGGGCAUCGAAUUGAGGACCUUCAUAGGAUGUAUUCACUGUUCUCUAGGGUCAAUGCCCUUGAAACUUUGAGGCAGGCUCUUAGUUCAUACAUUCGAAGAGCUGGCCAGGGUAUUGUCAUGGAUGAAGAAAAAGACAAGGAUAUGGUUUCAUCUCUGUUGGAAUUCAAGUCCUCUCUCGACACAAUAUGGGAAGAAAGCUUUUCUAAUAAUGAAGCAUUUUGCAACACCGUUAAAGAUGCAUUUGAGCAUCUAAUUAAUCUUCGCCAGAACAAGCCUGCAGAGUUGAUUGCAAAAUUUUUGGAUGAGAAGCUCCGUGCUGGAAAUAAGGGUACUUCUGAAGAGGAAUUGGAGUGUACACUUGACAAGGUUAUGGUUUUAUUCAGGUUUAUUCAGGGCAAAGAUAUAUUUGAAGCCUUCUAUAAGAAGGAUCUUGCGAAAAGGUUAUUGUUGGGAAAGAGUGCAUCUAUAGAUGCAGAGAAAUCUAUGAUUUCCAAGCUGAAGACCGAGUGUGGCAGUCAGUUCACGAACAAACUCGAAGGAAUGUUUAAGGAUGUUGAAUUGUCAAAGGAAAUAAAUGAAUCAUUCAAACAAUCAUCUCAGGCCAGGACAAAGCUUCCCUCAGGGAUUGAGAUGAGUGUACAUGUCUUAACAACAGGGUAUUGGCCGACGUAUCCACCUAUGGAUGUGAGGCUUCCUCAUGAGCUGAAUGUCUAUCAGGAUAUUUUCAAGGAAUUCUACUUAAGCAAGUACAGUGGGAGGCGCUUGAUGUGGCAAAAUUCAUUAGGUCACUGUGUAUUGAAAGCAGAGUUUCCCAAGGGUAAAAAGGAGCUGGCAGUUUCCCUAUUUCAGACUGUUAUCUUGAUGCUCUUUAAUGAUGCACAAAAGCUUAGCUUUCAAGAUAUUAAGGAUGCUACAGGUAUAGAGGACACUGAAUUGAGGAGGACCCUGCAGUCUCUUGCAUGUGGAAAAGUUCGUGUCCUGCAAAAGUUGCCCAAAGGGAGGGAUGUCGAGGAUGAUGAUUCAUUUGUGUUCAAUGAAGGAUUUAUUGCUCAACUCUUUCGUAUAAAGGUAAAUGCAAUUCAGAUGAAAGAAACAGUAGAGGAAAACACAAGCACUACUGAAAGAGUAUUUCAGGAUCGCCAAUAUCAGGUUGAUGCUGCCAUUGUUCGUAUAAUGAAGACAAGGAAAGUGCUAAGUCACACCCUUCUGAUAACUGAACUAUUUCAGCAGCUCAAAUUUCCCAUAAAGCCAACUGAUUUGAAGAAAAGAAUCGAAAGCCUUAUUGACAGGGAGUACCUGGAGCGGGACAAGAACAACCCCCAAAUUUACAAUUACUUAGCAUAGUUUUGUCACAUUAAAUCUUCCCUUGUAAAAAUCAGGAAAAAACUUCAGGCUCCUACAAGAGGUGGAGGUUCCUGUCAAGAUUUUAUGUACAGAAGAAACUCUCAGUUCUUUCAAGUUUUGCUGCAUCAGUGCUGUGUAAAGCAUAUUCAGUAACUGGUUCAACGCUUCAUCUGGUGUUGUACAAUUGAGUAAUGAGUUGCUUUGAAUAACUGGUAAUUGAAAAGGGAAGAAUGUAGAAAACAUUACAGAGCGAAAGAAGCUGGUGCUGUUGAUCUUUGAAGUCUGAUGAGGACUGGAAAUCAAUCAUUGAACUUUCACCCAUGCAUUGAGGCAAAGGGUUGAAGAGCAGUUUUUAUAUGUUUCGAGCUCGCACAUUAUUCUUUUUUAAACGGAGUAAUGAUGUUCUAAUUUCUUCAAUGAGUGAAACUGGUGAUUUGAAGCUUCCAACCCUAUUGCGUCUUCUCAUUCCUGUCUGUAUGUUGGUUCGAUUAUAUCCACUUGAAUAUUCUUUUUGUC